AGCCAGACGAGAUCGCAGACAGAGAGCUGGCGGAGGCACUUCAGAGAUCUGUUCAGGAGAGUGGACAGCACUGAUGCAUUUGGAGAGACAGCUGGAGUCAACCCUUCCAACCAGACACUGCAGAUGGACAAACUACCUCACCGGAAUCCCCACCAUUCCCAAUGCCCAAACCCCUGAACAACAUGCCCCUGUCCCCUUCCCCCGGCCAUCCCCAGAGCCUUUUCCUGGACCGCUCCCAGUCUGCUCCAGCCUACAUGCGCCAUGCUGGGGCCCCAACACCAGGACCGAGCCAGAGCCAAACAGAGCCUGGCUUCCAGGGUCUCCCCAUCCCUGGACCCUCAUCCCAGGUCCAGAACACAGCACCUACAGCCCAACAGUCUCCUCUCUCAAGCCCCAGCCCUACCAACACCACCCAGCCCCUCCUUUCCACCAUCACCACUCCCCCGGCUCUGUCCACAUGCUCCCUUCCUGCAGACAAGAUGGUGACUGGGACUCCCACUUUGGGAGAUUCAGCCAGUCAGAUCCCUUCAGCCACAGAGAUUGGGUGUGCCUCUGAGAAGGCAGGGAACAGCUCAGUGUUCCCCCACCCAAAGGAAAGCCUUACCACUCAGCCCAUGGAGCAGGAGGAGGACAUGUCAGACACCAUUACAGAUCACUGGACCUGUCUGAGUACCCCACAUCAGCAGAGUGAAGGGGGUUCCCAAUAUCCCCACCAGCCCGUCUCUAAUCCCUCAUCACUCACACUAGAACCCUGUCCUUUUGGAUCCACCUCUACAGAGAUCAAGUCUCCCCCUGCCUCCUCCCAGAACACUGUGCCAUCAGAGAGGGACCAGCCAGAGGGGAAGCGCUGUUCCUACUCAGACCAGAUCCCAUCUCUAGCUCAGGCCCUGCUGGAGCUCCAUGAGCUGCUGGUGUCUAACAGCCGUAGCCUCUCCCCUCAGGACCGCAGUGCCUCCUGCUCCCCCUCACACAGACAGAAUGCUGACGGACUGGACGACAACCACAACCCCACCGUAGAGCCCCUCACACCUGAAAAAAGCACCCAACCCUCCCCCUCUACUGCCAUUACAGCUGGUGCAAAACCAUGUGAUGCCAAAGCCAACCACCCUGCUGCUGUGUCUAACAGAGGACCUCCUCCUGACUGUGUCCUGCCAGGCUCCUCUGAGCAGAGCCUGGAGACCAGGACCGAGGCUGAACCAGGAGAGGGACACGGGGAACCAGAACCACAGUGUCCAAACAGCUCCUGGUGGGAAAGGAGGGCAGAUAACAGUAAAAGCAAAGGGACUGUGUCUGAAGCCAAAGGCCCCUCUUCACUUCAAGCAGACCUGGUGUUCAGGGAGCCCCCUGAGGGGCAGCAGGGGAGGGGUGUGGCAGAUGGGAGAGCCUCUGGCAAUGACAACCCUAACACACUCAACCUCCAACCUGACACAACACAGCAGAGCCCCCUGUCCAUGGCUGCUGGCUUACCUGGGGAGGAGUCUGGUGUUUCGCCCCGCGCUUCACCUCUUCCUCAGGCCCCGGACCACCCCUCCUCAGCCCCUCUCAUGUCUGCUCCACGUCUCUUUACCGAUGAUCACAUCCAAAGGAUCCAGGCAGCUGGCUUCUCUGCCAGGGAGGCUGCAGAGGCACUGGAACAGGCCCAGGGCAGUGUGGAGCUGGCUCUGCUGGCACUACUGGCCCGCAAGAUCACUGUGCCCACCUAGACACUCACAACAUUGCAAUCAUGUAAGAGUCCGAGCCUCUGUCAACAUGGGUUUGAUUUGUGCUCUUGUCUUAUUGUUGAUGGUGACAUCUGAAUUCCCUGGCCUCACAGCUACUUCAUGCUGAAGGGGAAAUGCUGUCAGUCUCUUGGUUUCUCACAGACCAUACAACCAACUGUUAUUUGUUCUGGAUUUAGCUGAUAUGAUCUGAGGUGUGUUUGAUUUGGUGCCUCAGAAGAAACAUGUUUUUAUGUAUUUUAUAGAUGGGAUUUAGUAGAUUGAUUUCCUUUACCUCCCCCCCCCUCAACUCCGUAUAUACAUAUUUCAUUAUAAACACUAUUGAAUUGCCCCAAGGAUUUAGGUAAAUGUUUACAGUUGUGUGUGAAAUAGCAUUUUAUAAAGGGCUGAAGAUGAGUUAAAAUGUCAGGUUUGUGAAGAGUAUUAUUGAUGCGCCGAACAAUUAAUUGGUUUUAAAUUAAUGUUAGAUUAUAAUUUUUUUAAACUCAGAUUCUGCUAAUAAAACCCACCAGACCGUCAACUUAUUGCACUGGAAAUAGCUCCAUUUUAAGAAGCAUUGCUAACGGGUGAUCUUUGCCUUCUUCUGCCAAUGUUAUCAUGUUGUAAUAUGACAUUCAGUCAAGUAAUUAUUGCCAAUCCUGAGGAACUUGAUGGUGGUUUUAAUUUUUAAAUGUCUUGCACGAAGAAGAAAAAAAUCAGGCAGCACUAUUUUUCAAAUGACCCUUUUAUUUUUCUCAUUCCUUUGAUUUAUAGAGGAACGUCAAAAUAGAUGACAUAUUCAGCAAAGUUGUAAACCACACGUUGAAUUUUUCUGAAAAAUGUCAGUGUGUGAUUGUGAAGGAUAUCAAGGUUUUCAAAUAUAACAGCACGUGUAAUGGGGAUGUCUGGAAAUGUGGUUUCUAAGUUCUAGAAGGGUUUUGGGGUUUCCUGUUCAGUUUCCCUUGGUUUGUUUCAGAUAUCUAUCAUGCAUCAGCAUUACUCCCUCCCCCAUCAACUGGUAAUCUCCCCACAGUCCAAGUCUACCCUGUCCAGCCCACUGAUUUAUUUGCUCAGUCAUUCAUGAAUCCAUUGUAUAUUUUUUAAGUUGUAUUAUUUGGGUCAUAUUCAUAUACCAACAACACCGAGGCAGGUUAAAUGAUUUAGUUAUCUUGUACUCCAUUUUAAACUAAGGUAAAACUGGUUCUUUGUAUUGUAUGUGUGGGGUUUGGGAUAUUUCUAGGGAAUGGGUGUUAAGGAUUGUAAUUAAAGCCAUGUUUUUCUAA